CGUCCUGCGCCUCCCGUCCCGCCCGGCCUCACCGCCACCAUGAACCGCCUCGGCUCCGGGCCGGUGGGCAGCGCCGCCGCCGCUGCCGCCGGGCAGUACCGGGUGUGCGGCAACUGCCGGAAGGUGCCGAGACAGGAAAAGAGAGUACAAGUCUCCCCGCCACUGACAAGAGGACCAAGUGCCUUUAUACCAGAGAAUGAAGUUAUGCAAGCAAACGGUUUGGAUGAACGUACUAAUCUUCUUGUGGAAGAAUAUUCUACGUCUGGUCGCCUGGACAACAUCACACAGGUCAUGAGUAUCCACACUCAGUACCUGGAGUCUUUCCUCCGCAGCCAGUUCUAUAUGCUGCGCAUGGAUGGGCCCCUUCCUUUGCCCUACAGGCACUACAUUGCUAUAAUGGCUGCUGCCAGACAUCAGUGUUCCUACCUAAUUAAUAUGCACGUUGAUGAGUUUCUGAAGACUGGUGGGAUUGCAGAGUGGUUGAACGGCUUGGAAUACAUUCCCCAAAGACUGAAAAAUCUGAAUGAAAUAAACAAACUCCUUGCACACCGGCCCUGGCUAAUCACAAAAGAGCACAUUCAGAAACUUGUCAAGACUGGGGAAAAUAAUUGGUCUCUUCCUGAACUGGUGCAUGCUGUUGUCCUGUUGGCACAUUAUCAUGCCUUGGCAAGUUUUGUAUUUGGUAGUGGCAUUAAUCCAGAGAGAGAUCCGGAAACAUCUAAUGGAGUCAGACUUAUAGCAGUCAACAACUUCUGUGUCUGUGAUCUUGCCAAUGACAACAACAUAGAAAAUGCAUCCCUCACAAGUAGCAACUUUGGGAAUGUCAUGGUGUUUUUGCAGAUUGCAGAUUCUUUAAGUGAGCUGGAGGCCUUGAUGGAAAGGAUGAAGAGACUACAAGAAGAUAAAGAGGACGAAGAAGCCUCUCAGGAAGAAAUGGCAACUCGCUUUGAAAAGGAGAAGAAGGAGAGUCUGCUAGUUAUUAGUGGAGCAUUUGACGAUGAAAUAGUUUCUACAGAUGUCUCCCGUUAUAUUGAAGAUCCUGGGUUUGGGUACAAAGACUUUGCAAGGCGAGGAGAAGACCAUCUGCCAACAUUCAGAGCUCAGGACUAUACUUGGGAGAAUCAUGGCUUUUCCCUUGUAAACAGGCUUUAUUCUGAUAUUGGGCAUCUUCUGGACGAGAAGUUUCGAAUGGUAUAUAACCUCACAUAUAACACUAUGGCAACGCAUGAAGAUGUUGAUACAACGACGCUAAGAAGAGCUUUAUUUAACUAUGUCCACUGUAUGUAUGGAAUCAGGUAUGAUGACUAUGAUUAUGGGGAAGUUAAUCAGCUACUUGAACGCAGCCUGAAGGUUUACAUAAAGACAGUGACCUGCUACCCAGAGAGAACUACCAAGCGCAUGUACGAUAGUUACUGGCGUCAGUUCAAGCACUCGGAGAAGGUUCAUGUCAAUCUACUUCUAAUGGAAGCUCGGAUGCAAGCCGAACUUCUGUAUGCCCUUCGUGCCAUAACUCGUCACUUAACCUGAAGGAUUCGCUGGGCAGGAGUAAAGGAGUUUUUACUGAGUAUGUAAAGACCUUUUGAAAUAGAUACACACCAGAAGCUGUUUGUGAUGUAGCAUCAGGUUAUUCAAUUCUCUAGUGUCAAAGUUUAGCCGUGCUUCUUGGCGGCUGUAAUGUGCAAUGACGUGUUUUAUUUUCUUGAUGCUUAACAUUACUAAUGAUAACAAAAGUAACACUGAGGAGCACUACUCUGCAUUGUUUCCGCCUGGAUUUCUGCGCAGUGGUCAGGAUCCUGAAACUGUUUUUAUUAUAUCCAAUCCUAGCGCUUUGUUCUUUAGGCACUGGAGUGCUUAGAGACUUCUUUUUUCCAAGCAAUCAUUUUUCAGAUUAGUGGAGUCCAGCAGAAGAUCAGUUCUGCCUGUCCUGAGAGCGUACCACCAUGCCGUGACUCGUGACAGAGAUGCACAGGCUGUGUUGCAUUGAAAUGCCCACUGGAUUCUUCUGUGUCUCCCGGAGACUGCUGCCAGUCACUGUCUUACUACAGCAAUUGGAGGUGAUGCGAGAUGUGGAUGCAAACAUCGAGCACACUUUAAUGUGAAAUUAAUCUUGAUAAAUCCUACAGCAUGCUACUGAAGUGCGAAAUUCAUCUGCUUUGUCAUGCCCCUUCCCAAGAGAAGAGGCCUCACGAUUUGCCAUUUCAGUCACACUUACUGUGUUCCAACCAUGCAUAACCUUGUUUUACUGACAGUCACCCUCAGUCAUCCUGGCAAUAUCCAUGCUCAUCACAUGUUGCAAUUUUUUUAGUUGGCACCUAUAAAAUUAAUACGCAGGCUGACCAAAAAUAGGGUUGUGGGGUUUUUUGCACUCUCUCCUUUAUCAAUGUUGUAACUAAGGAAAGUAAAGAAAGGCUAGCAUAUCUGUUCUUUCAUAUUGGAUGUAUAGAAAUUUACUUCCCAUAACUUUUUCAUAGCAUAAAAUUGUAAUAUUCAAAGUUUAAAAAGUUUCUAUGCAUUAGUGUGAGUGAACAAAAGAAAAGUGCAAUAUUUAAAAAGAAAGCAAGCUUUUUUCCCUGACAUGCCACUGCUAAAGUGUCCUUCUUAUAUAGCCAUAAAGAAAUUUUAAAACCAAAUUUCUUUAUUGUCUAAGGCCUAGCAGUUUUGUUUUAGCUUUUAUGGCUUAAGACAACCUGAUACUGAGAUGCCAAAGCAUCCCCAAAACAAAGCAUUUUUGGACAACCAGUAAUAUUGGGGAAGGGAAGAAAUAAGCUGCCAAAAAUGUCACACUUUUGUGCUGGGUUUUGUUGCUUUUGACUAAUUUUUAAGAGCACAAAAUGUUGAUAUUUAUAGCUUUAUCUUGUAUUGCAUUAAUGAACCAGUGAAGUGCCUAAAGAGAUGCUUAAAUUUACCCAGUAGAACACAAGUUGUCACUGCUUCAACUUUUGUCUGUUGGUUUGGACUUUUCAUAUUUCUUUUCAAGAGGGUGACCUUUAUUUCUGUGGCGUACAUUCUAAACUAACUAGACAGGUUUGUUUUUAAUGUUCCAUUGGAUUGUAGAAAUUAAUACAGAUUUUUUUUCAUUGGUGAUUGCAGAAUAGUAAAAAAAAUACUACCAGUCAUAUUUUGACACUUUUCAUUUACAAAAUCAUGGACCAGUACUCUACUAAAGUUAGUUUUCUCUUUUCUUCCCUUUUAUGAUCCUUGCUGUGACUUCGCAUGUUGGUUUUUCUGCUUUAUCUGUCUGUUCCAGAUUGGAAAGCUAAAUGAUUGUACACUUUUCUGCACUUUCAGACUGCAUGUGAAAACGUUUUGAGGAAGAAAUCAGUAAUUAAUUUUUUUAAUGUCAUGUUGGCUAUUUAGAAAACUACCCAACAGGCAGCAUCAGACUGUCUUCUAAGAGAGAGCAUUGGGUAGAACAUAGAUUUAUUUAUCUUGUAUAGCUAACUGCAAAGAUUUCUCAGAAUUAUUGAGAUGUUCAUAUGUAUGAACUUAGAUUAACAUUCUAAGUUGUUAUGAUUCUUUUUCCUCCCUCUUGUGAUUGUAGUGGCCAUACCUAAUGGCUUUUGUGCAUAAAACAGUUCUGCUGAGAGAAGUUUUCAUGCAAUACUUUUGCUUUUUUCAAGUGAUGUGAACUGUUCAGUACUAUUUUAAAUUCCUUUGUUUUGAAAAGUCAAGUAGUUCUCAAGAAGCACAGCUGAGCUUCUGGAAAAGAGGUGAAACUAGAUUUGGAUAAUUAACAUGAUGGCUUAGUUUCCCUUCAGAAAUGCAAAGACUUCUUGGGUAGGUUGAGUUUUACAUUUGGAAUCAUGAGUGCCUUUACUUCUUUCAUUAUGAAAUAUACUUGCCAGCUCAAAUGCAUUCUGAGCAAAGUACAUGAGCAGAUUUGAAACACAGAAACCAUAAAUGGAUCUCUUAAUAAAAUUUGUAGUAAACCAGUGUUUUGUUUUUUUUAAAAUGCCAUAUCAAGUCACAUAUGGCCUGCAAGACAUUCCAUCAUAGGAAAUGUCAUUGUACAACUAGUUUGAUAUUUCAAAUUUUUUUUUUUUUUGUAAUCUUAAAUGCAAACUUGAAACAUCUGGAAAUGUUUUCCACGUGGCAUUUUUUUUCCAAAGUAUUGCAUUUACAGUGCAACAAUUUAUAGCCUAGUUUUUAUAAUCAAAUUUUGGAUUUUUAUUAGAUGUUUGUUCAGAAUAGGUGUUUAAAGUCAGACAGUGCUACCAUACUCUUUAUGCACGCUUUGGGUUCACACUGUGCCAAAUGUUAAUGUGCAAGUGUUCUUGGUUUUUCUCUUUUUGCAUUUUUAAGCACUCGUGAAUGUGAAUCUUCACACUUUGUUCAUUAAUAUUUUUCUUAAGAGUACGGUAAUCAUUGGAAGCGUAGACACUCUCCCUCUGUGUUCCUUUAUUGAAACUGGUAAUUUCCAGCAUUAAUGUUAGUCUACAAAAUCCCAGCCAUGACCAACA